UGUUUAGAUUGUAAAAAAAUUAUUAUUUUAUGGAAUAACCUUUUAAAUUAAUAGUAUUAAGAUGAAUUAUCUAAGAAAAGGAAUAUCACUUCUAUCGCUUGGUAUUAAAACCCAUCUCAAUGCUUACCCCGCCAUCGUACAAGCAAAGCCACCAGCUCCCGUUGGCCUUGUGUCACGCGCCGUUUCUUCGCUGAUGCAGAUGCAUAAGAACGGUCCACAUAAGAAGACCAGGAAAUCCAGAAAUCCACUUUUGGGGAAUCCGUUCGCCAAGGGCGUAGUGUUGAAGACUUUAAUCAAAAAACCGAAGAAGCCGAACUCAGCCAACCGUAAAUGCGUGUUGGUCCGUCUCUCGAAUGGCAAAGAGAUGAUAUCGUACAUCCCGGGCAUCGGUCACAAUCUUCAGGAACACAAUAUUGUGCUGGUUCGAGUGGGACGUGUCCAAGACUGCCCCGGAGUGAAGCUGAAGUGCGUGAGGGGAAAGUAUGACCUGCCCCACGUAGUCAAACAAAAAGUCUAGAUUAGUUUAAAAAAUUGGGCCUGUAGAUAGAUAUUGUUAUUAUUAAACAUUAGUUUAAGUA